AUGGGCUUCAAAGCUGCCGGUAAAGUGCUAGUGGCUUUAUUCUUCGCUUCCACAUAUAAAACGCUUCCUCUCGUUUACGUACUCAGGUUCUACUUGGCGGCCAUAAGAACUAUAGUGCUCAAAAGAAAUGAGUAUCGGAAGACGAGGCAAAACACAUUUGGUAUAACUGGUAAGAAUCCAAUGGAUGUCUUCAGGGCAGUUUCGUACCGUACGUACUGCUCACCGUUGGAACUUGAUAUGUUUAUGCACAAGUCCAAUUCUACCUACUUCGUUGAUUUGGACAUUGCUAGGACAAAGUUUCUUUGCACGAUGUUUCAAAAAUUAUUUCUAGACUACAUUGACAAUACUACCGGAGAUUUCAAAGGUAAAGGUCUAGGAAAUGCUCCUUACAUUCCUGUUGCGGAGGUGCUGUGUACAUUCAGAAAGGAGAUUAAAGUCUUUGAGAAGUUUACAAUUCUCAGCAACAUUUUGGCUUGGGAUGACAAAUGGAUUUACGUCAUGUCUAAGAUUGUUCAUGAUGACGGAAAGCUUGCAGCUUUGUCUAUAACCAAGUAUGUCUUUAAGAAGCACGGUCGUAUCUCCAUGAAGCCUAAGGAGUAUCUCACACAUUGUGGCUUGUACAACGAAGCAGUUGAGAAGAUCAAUUCUGAAAAUUUCAAGCUCGUUGAGCACAUGAACAAAAAUGCUGAGGGAUUGGAAAAACUUGCCGAGAAGAUGGACACAACGUGCUCAUUGAGAGAUCAUCAUAUAUAA